CGAGCGGGCGGCGAGGCGAGAAGUUUACCUCCAAUACUGGCUGACUGGGCCAGGGUUGACGCGCCAGCCUUACGCUAAGGCAGCUGACAAAGUAGCCGCACGCUAAGGUAGUGAUGCAUGAGGUUCUCGAAGGACUCCAUGCAAGCGUCUGGACUGGACUCCAACUCAAGCCUCUUAUUGUUCUAGAGAAUCGAGACGUUAUAUCUUCAUUUGCCCUGCAAUAUUCUCCACUCCCAGCUGUACCAGAAUCCUCCCAAAUCCAUCCUAGAACAUCCGACUGCACGUCUACAUCUCCAACGUCUCCAGGAGAUAUCUGUCGCAAGCGACUGUCAGUCAACGGCAACCAGCAAUCCAUCGACUCUUACCACCUCAACUCGCCUUGAAAACCAGGACACAACUCUCGAGCUUUGCGCCUUCUCUAUAAGCUGGUCUAUCAGACACUCACGAUUGAACAUACAUCUCCCUCGAAAUCUGUGAACUCCGCCUCAAGUGCGCGAUCUGUGAGAACGAGCUUCCGAAAUAGCGAUCAACCUCUUCAAAUAAGCUUGGGCUCUCAGGGUAGUCAGGUUCUAGUUGGGGUGGUCCAAGGGCCGGAGCCAAAAUGGUGGUCUCUUCGAAUGGCAUCGUUCAGGAAUACUGGGAGCCACUAAGUCAACAUGGAGACCGUCACAACGCAAAUCUGCUCGCAAAAGUUCGACAGCAAAUCGAUGAGAAUGGUAUUGUGCGACCAAAAGGAUAUACAGUGUCAUGGCAUUCGAAUCCGGAAAUUGAGAAGCACCAUUUCGGUCAUGCCCAUCCAAUGAAGCCUUGGAGAUUGACUCUGGCAAAGAGCUUGAUCAUGUCCUAUGGAAUGCACGCCGGUAUGGAUACAUAUGUUUCACGCCAAGCAUCGAGGGAGGAGUUAGAGGAUUUUCACAGCGAAGAGUAUCUGGAUUAUCUCAAAACUGCCAAAGUGGUGUUGCCAGACGAUGAUACGCCGAAGGACUUCAACCUAGGUGGUUCGGACUGUCCAAUUUUUGAGGGCCUGUUCAAUUAUUGUUCCAUGUACUCUGGGGCAUCUAUCGAUGCAGCACGGAAGCUUUGUAACAACGAAUCUGAUAUUGCCAUCAAUUGGUCUGGUGGUUUACAUCACGCCAAGAAGGCUGAAGCGUCUGGGUUUUGCUAUGUAAACGACAUCACGUUGGCCAUUCUGCAGUUAUUGCGAACAUAUCAGAGGGUGUUAUACAUCGAUAUUGAUGUACAUCAUGGUGAUGGUGUGGAGGAAGCAUUCUGGUCAACCGAUCGUGUCAUGACCCUCUCAAUCCACAAAUACGACGGCAUGAACUUCUUCCCUGGUACCGGCGACCUCGACAGAACCGGACCAACAGAUGAGGGUAACCCAGGAGCUCACCACGCGAUUAACGUCCCUCUUCUCGACGGGAUCGAUGAUCAGCAGUACAUUCAUCUCUUCACAACCAUUGUUUCGAUGUGCAAGAAUCAUUUCAGACCCGAGGCUAUUGUAUUGCAGUGCGGUGCAGAUUCGCUGGCUGGAGACCGCUUGGGUCGUUUCAAUGUUCAGGUACAAGGUCACGGGGCUUGUAUAGCAUUUUGCAAGUCUUUGGGAAUUCCUCUCCUAUUAGUUGGCGGCGGAGGUUACACUCCCCGAAAUGUGGCAAGAGCGUGGGCACACGAGACCAGUAUCGCCAUAGGUUGCGAUGCAACGUUGAGCCCAAUCAUUCCUCAGCACACACCAUACCGUUCACACUUCCGACAUGAUACCAUAUUCCCAACGCUUGAACAGAUCCUUGGCGACCCUCGACCUAAUAAGAACACCAAGAAGAAGGUAGAGGAGAUCAUCCAGUCUAUCACAGAACAACUGAGACUCGUGGAACGUGCCCCUAGUGUUCAAAGCAAAGCCAUCCCUCCCGAUCUGGCAGGCAUCAAAGACUAUUACGACGACAAGAUCAGGGAGGAGCAAGAUGAUCGAGAUGACGCUCUAAGACGCGACCGGGAGGAAGGUUUGGGUGUUGCAAUGGAAUACUGAAGAUUGGCUUGUCAAGACUAUUUGAAGCGAGGCGUUCGGAGACUUCAUCAGGGGAGGCGUUUUGAGCUACGGAGGUUCACUGGCAGAGACAGCUUACUGGUCUAUGUUGGAUUGUAUUGUGGGCUGAAAGUAAAUAGUCAAA